AUGCCGUUCCGCGUUUCUGUCCGACUGGCGCACGACACCUUGUGUCUCUCAGACACCGUCGAGGGCAGCGCCUCGGUAGACGUGGAGGGCACGUUGCACGAUGUCGCGGCAGCUGCGCCAAGCGCUGUGCGUGUGGUCUUGCGCGCUGUAGAGGUGGCUGGAAAGAGGCACGCCAUUGAGCACAUGGUGCUGGUCACAACAGUGGCAGGUCCAUCGACAGCGCACGAAGAGGCCGCGGCUGCCGCCCUGCGUGAGAGGGCGAAUCGGUUCACGACGGAGGCAGCGCGCCGCAACCCGCUAUCUGGUGUUCCAGUGGGCACUGACAGCACCAUGCCUGUCGAGGGCGGUGCCAGUGAAAACUACACCUACGGCACGGGUGCUGGUGGUACCUCGAACCCCGGUGGCGUGACAGGUGACACCGCUGCCUCGCCUCCGCAGAGGUGGGAGGCGGGUGGCCAUUACAUGUACCCCUUCGCGCUGCAGCUUCCCCCGUGGCUGCCUCCGUCCUACUACUACAAGCCCAGGGCCGGCAAGUCGCACAUGUCGAUGCGCUACACGGUGGCAGCCUUCGUGGUCUGCGGCGUGGAGGAGGCUGAUGUGGAUGUGGCCACGCGGGAAUUCACGUCGCAGACGACGGUGUUGGUGCCCUGCACUCCGCUCCCGGCGAAAGCGUGGAGAGGCAGCACUCGCAACAGUGACGGCGGCGCUGAAGGCGCCGAUAAGAGGGGGACGUGCGCGUCUGCGCCGCUGCUCUCCCCGGUGGGCUUUCUACUUCCGGCUGAAAUCCCUCAGCUCCUGGAACGCCUCCCCGCCGCACAACUUGUCGACUUCACUGUAUUAUCGGCGCUGCCGAAGCGCGAGCUGCAGCAGUGCGUGGAGCGUGUGUCGAUCUCACCCCCGUUCCGCGAAAAACUCACAUAUCACGUAUACAAGCACAGCCUCGUCUUGCGCGGUCUUCUCGGCAACAAGCCGUACACCGCCGUCGACGUGCGCAUCAUGUACGACUCAAGUGCGGCCGUGAUCCUGUGCGGUCGCCAGCAGUCCGUCAUGCGAGGGCGUGCUGCAUUAGGGCUCGCAGCACCGCAAGGCAACGACUCUGGUGACGCGCCAGCUGCUUUCCCUUCUGCCGGCAGCGGAGUUGCUCCAGGCGGACUGACUGUGGCGGGGAUCGUUAUUGGCGGUGACUACAACUGCGUCCCUCGCAUCCAUACGGACAACCACGGCACGGCACCUCCACCGCUGGGUGAGAGGGUGCGUGGGCGGCAAUCGCCUGCUGCGGCUGAUCCACAGAGUAGCGACAGCGCUAACAGUCUUGGUCGCAACGGCGAAGGCGAAGGUGGCAACCGCCUGAGUACGGUGAGCUCGUGCACAGAUCCGGCGAUUAGCGGGGCGCUGCGGCUACGUGUGCGUGUGCGCACCGGCAGUGUUGCUGUGAGCAAAGUGCGGGUAAAGCUGUUGGAGCGGGUUCGCUGCACCAGCGCCCCGGCAGCACAGCCGUACGACGUCUACACGCUUGCCAGGUACACGCACUCAGAGAAGAUACAUGCCAACAUGUCGAUUGAGUUCCCUGUUGAGCUGGCUCUGCCGAAACAGUUUCGCCACACCGCCGCGGACAAUGACAAGUACCCCCCACCCGCUGGCAUCACCACCGCUGCCGUCCACACCACCACGUGGCUGCAGAUCACCUUUCCCAACCUCCACGCCGUUUCAGAAGCACAGCUAGGGGAGAAUGUCGUGUUGGUUGGUGAGGACGUGGACCUGACAGACACGGUGCCGUUCUUGCCCUGCGCGUGCCCGGUGCAGACACUAUGA